UAUUUUGACCAUGCUGAUAUUCUGAUGAGCGGUGAGAAGAAGACUACCGAGAGAUAAAUUUUACCAGUAAAUAACUCUUAAAAGUUAUGACAAGGCAUUUUAUGCCUGAUUUAAUGACAUUCAUUCACGGCCGUUACUUCUAGUAAAGCAUCAUGACAGACAAGGCCAAAAUCAAGCAGGAGAUGAAGAUAGUUUUGAGGGCUUUGCUUCUCUCCGCGCCGAUGGGAUUGACGGCUGUCGAGAUCGAGCGAGACUAUCGCGAGGCCCAGGGUUACGGCGUGCCUUUCCGUGAGCUGGGGUAUAACAGCACGUCAGAUCUGGUGGAAGAUUUGAAAGAUGUUGCUAGCUGUCAGUGGGAAAGGGGACAUGCAGUAUUUCAUGGAAUUGCGGAUAAAACAACCAAACACAUCAAAAGCUUGGUCUCCAAACAAAAUGUGGACGUGCGGAAGUGUUUAAAACGAAGAAAUGCGUUGGAAAGACAAGUUGUUCGAUCUGGGAGAGGUGGCUAUUCGUCAGGGAGAGGGGGCUAUUCGUCAGGGAGAGGGGGCUAUUCGUCAGGACGCGGGCGUUCGUUCAGUACAUCAUCAAGCAGAUAUCAGCCUCCGUAUUCAAAACCUCCACAAGGACCUCAAGGUUACGACCCUUUCGGGCAAGGGAGGAGAACAAAUUCAUACCCAGGAACAGGUGGCGGUCGUUCCCAGGCACCGGCACCUGCUGCCCCGAAAUCAAGCCCAGCUUAUCUCCGCAUGCAGCUGAAAUCUCUCCUAAAUUCCCACCCGAACGGCAUCCUCAACACACAUUUUGACUCCAUCUUCAGCCGAAAAUGCGGAUUUCCCAUCGACUAUGCUCAGCUUGGGUACACAGGUUUAGAGGAUCUUGUGAGAUCUUUGUCUGCAGUUAUCAGUAUUGAAAGAAUCAGUGAAGAGAAGUUCAGAAUUUAUAGUAGAGAGAACUUUCCCAAUAAAGGACCAAGUGACAAUUCAUCCAUGGCCAAGCCAAAACCCUUGAUGUCUGCUCUAGGUCUAGGAUCACAAGAUCACAGGAAUGAAAAAGCUUCGCAAGACAUUUCAAAGCCACCAUCGAAGAGCCGGCCAAUACCACCACCAUUGAUUAGCCGUCCAAUACCAGAUGCUAGAAAGUCCAUGCCAUUCGAAGCCCCACAGAAAAGCAUCGGCAGAGCUCGUAGAAUUUCAUCGAACCGAUCAGACGAAUCCAAGUCAAGGGUUGGAUCUACAGGGUCAGUCACAAGCCCAAGACAGCCAUCCCCACCAGGCAAUGAGCUCAUUGAUAAACAACUCUGCAGUGAAAUCAGAGAGGUCUUGGAACAUCACCCUAAUGGACUCUUUGCUGCCAGUCUGCCUACAGAAUACAAGGCUUUGACCAAGAAAGAGCUACCCCUGGUAUCCAUUGGAUUCUACAGUGUAGUGGAGCUGGUGUCAUCCAUCCCUGAGAUCGUAGCUAUCGAGAGACAGAAGAAGAACAGCGACUGGAUCCUGUUCGAUGCCAGGACAUUUGUAUCUUCUAAGCCACCUGAACCAGAGAAGAAGAAGCCGCAGGUCUCGCCACCCAAGGAGCCAGACAGCAGAAGACUCCAAGAUGCCAAGACCAACAUCCGAGACGUCCUCUUGGCCCAUCCUACAGGGGUGCUACUCCAGGAGCUAUCCUCUGCAUACGAGAAAUUCCACAAGACAACUCUUCCGGUUGAAGAUUUUGGAGUGAGCGAUGUCAACUCAUUAGUUCUUGCCAUCCCAGACACGAUCAAGGUCGUCUAUAAGGGACAUAAUCAAGUAUAUCUCCAUGCACAAGAUCAGAGGUUACCUCUCUGCAGUGGAUCACUCUACAGUACUAUUGCCAAGUCAAUACCUCAAGAUGCGAUGGGAUACGGCUACUCCUACCCUACUAUCAAGAAGCCUAAACUCAACGAGUACUUCCCUGUCUACGUCUCAACGGUCUACUCUCCUCAUAAGAUCAGUGUGCAACUCAAGGAUAAGGAUAACAAUCUCGCAUUGGAAAACCUGAUGGAUGCUCUAGAAUCUGUGUACUUCUUCGCUGAAGGAGAGAAGUAUCUAAUGCCUGAUGCUAUGAUAGCUGUCAAUCAGAUCUGCUGUUCCCUCUACCAUGAAGACAACAACUGGCAUAGGGGCCUCAUUACAGGUGUUCCUAACCUAGAUUUUGUAGAGGUUUACUAUGUGGAUUAUGGCACUUCUCUCAGAAUUCCAAAGUCUUCACUACGUCUCUUGAAGUCUUGUUUCAUGAAGCUGCCAAAGCAAGCCAUUGAUGCCAAACUUGGUGGGAUUGAGCCUGUUGGGGAAAAGUGGAGUGAUCAGAGUCGAGACAGAUUGCUGGAGCUCACCGCAGACAGAGCUCUACAAGCAUAUGCUAUGGAGGAAAAGACCACAGAAGGGGUAUUUGAUACCAAUCCAUUUUCAGAGAAUUCUGUUAUGAGUCUCAUCCUGUGCGAUACAUCAACCACGGAAGACAUCCACAUCAAUGACCUGCUGGUCUCAGAGGGCCUGGCUCGCUUUGCUGAGCAGAAAACACCAGCCGAACCCAUCGCAGAGUCCCCCUUGGUCCCACCUCCAGCUGAAGUGAGCCUUCAGAUGCUGACCGGCAUGGGUUUGCCUGUUCCUGAUGAUGACCCCGCCCUAGCCUUUCAGUGGCCUGAGGAGUCUGCUGAAGUCCAAGAUAUCUUGGGGUCUGGGGAUGCUUCGACCACCAAGGGACUACAGAAAGGGUCAUCAGCAGGCGGUCAGGGGAUGACCAAUGGUGGCAUUAUGAAGGCAGGAGAUGGACAUCGGGUCGGUGCCACGGACGAAGACUUCAGCUCUGAUAGUGGUCCACCACCACUCCAAGAGGAUGACCUGAUUGAGAAGAUGGCCAAAGAGCUUAGUGAGAUUGAAGAAGAAGAAGAUGGCCUCCAGAAGCCAUGGUCUAUUACAAAGGUUGACCUGGUUACUGGUCAAGUCCUACAUCUGAUAUCUUUCAAGGAUCAGGGCGGUCAGUAUGUCACCAGCGUAGAGGUAUCAGCUCUCGUCUGGCCAACCGGUCAAGAUGAGAACACCCUCUUUGAUAUGAUUGAGCUGAAAGCAGGAGAGCUUGGACAGGUCAUAGUGGAAGAGUUGGAGAGUACAGACCUAGCAGAAAGCUUUGCCAGGGAAGGUGUGCCGCUCUCAAAGAUCAGACCAUCCAGAUUGCAGCUCUUCCUAUUAACUAGUGUUGCCCCGUUACUGAUGGUGUCUGGUCAGGUCAGCCCUGAAUUGAUUAGUCACAUCCAAGCCUUUGCCGAUGAUAUGCCCCCUCUGGAGGAUGAUGAGCUGAGCCGUGACAGUUUGAGCAGCGAGACGUCAGGUGGUGUAGAAGCAGAACAGGAUGCUUCGGACCUCAAGAAGAUGCAUGAUGUACUCCGAACUAAAAGAGAGAGAAUUCUCAAGGAUCUUAUGAGCAACUCAGGGACUGUGGAUGUGGAUGAAAUCAGCUUCAUUGAGGGAUUGAUGAAGGACAUUGAAAAAAAGCUGGAAAGGUUGAAAUCCACUGACAUAGAUCAACGAAUUGCAUCUCGGUCUACAGGUGAAAUUUCUGCACAGCUGGCUCAGACCUCCAUUGGAUCUUCCAUAUCUCCAAGAACUCCAGACAAUGUCUUCAGCUCACCUCCUUCCAGACACACCAGCAGUGUCUUCUCCCCUGAUCAGAAUACCAAGGACAGCCAGUCACAGACCGUUGGAGAUAUCGGACCACAGAGACAACUUUCAGAUCGGACUGGGUCAAGUCAAAAGCAAACAGCUGCAAUCUCACCCCUCCUGAGGAGCUCGACAGGAAGCAUGCCCAAUCCACAGAGAGGCAUUGGUCGCGGAGCAAGCAUGCCAAAAACAAACGCAGGUAUCGGGCGAGGACAGCAACUGAAGACUGGUCGAGGACCACCGCCUCAGCUUCCAUAUAACCAGGACAUGACAGGCUUGAAUCCAAACAUACCGGCGUUUGUCCCAAGCCCGAAGCGGGAUGGAUCAUCGGAUGGCAUGGUCAAUGGGCAGAUGCAGCAACAUCAGCCUCUGGGUUCGUUCGUCGAUCCGUUUGGGAAUCAUCAAGCUCCCGUGCCGACUCCUGGUGGUAUGCCCCCCAUGCCGGGGACAGGACAGAACAGGUUGCCGAGGACUUUCCCAGAGUUUGAUGAUCUCUUUAAACCUAUCCCACUGCUGCCACCGAGUAUGCCGCCACACAUGCCACCACACAUGCAGCCUCACAUGCCACCAAACAUGCCACCAAACAUGCGAGCGAUGCCUCCGAUGCCAAGCAGGACCGGUGCUAUGGGAAUGAAUCAACUCCCUCCUCCUCCUCCUCCUAACCACAGGAGGGGCGUAGCCAUGGCUCCCCCUCCCUUCCCACCCCAGCCCAACCUAAUGCCGGGUCUUCCACUUCCACCUAACUUUGAUCUCCCCCCACCCCUUCCUCAUGGACAGAUGUUUGACCCCAAUACCCCGCCCCCUGCGUUCUUUGGAUUAGGGCGGGGUCACCAAGCAUGGUCGGUCAAUGAGUAACUUUCAUCAUGCAUUCAUCCUUUUGUUGCUGUUUCUAUUUGUCUAUUGUGAGUACGUUUAAUGCUGCUCAGCAUUCAUGUUUAUAUCCAGAGCAAUGACCCAUGUAUUGACCGUUGGAGACGUCAGCUGCCUGAAGCAAAAAUUGGACAUUUGUUGGCAGUUCAGUUAAUUAUGUUUAUGUUCACCGGUGCCUAAAAGUGAUUUACAAAGUAGCAUUUAUCUUGUUUUUAUUUCAAUGUCAUAAACGAGCUCUAGUCAUCAGCAUCUUAUGUUUACUCUAGAAUUUUAUUUGAAAACAUACUGAAUGAUUUGUAAGUUGUUCUAUAGCAAAGAAAGAAGGAAACAAUUUUAAUUUCUGUUAUUUGUAACAAUCUUACUAUUGUAUAGUGUCACAUAAAUUUUUAUGCCAGUGAUAAUGAAAAUUAUCAGUACAAGUGAGAAAGUAGUACUAUCUUUCACAAACUGAUUAUUGCUUAUUUGUGCUGUUCAAUAUGUUACAGUAUUCAGAGUGUGUAUGAAAAAUGGGAAACAGUCACGUUUUGUCAGCUUGAUAAUCAUUGUGAACAUCAUUUUACUUUUCACCUUGCUAAUUAGACAAAAGUUUUCAGUUGCCACAGGAACAAAAAUAGACAAGAUCAUUUUAGUACAAGGCGGCUGUAAGAUUAGCUACCGUUAAUGUGUUACAAGAAUACCUUGUUUGUUGUAAUUGUAUUCCAUAUUGUGUACACCUCUAGCUCAUUGUGGUACUGUUUUGGGGUAUUUCAUCUAUCUUUCUCUAAUUGUUACCUCAAGUAGAUGUUCAAACUGGAAGGAUAUUAUUGUAUUUACGAGCAAGAAGAUAUAUUCAAUAUACUGAACUCAAACGAUGUACUAACCUGAUGUGAAAAGUUUGUUUACUAUAAUCUGAUAGUAUUCGUGUACAAGUUAUAGUUGGGUUUUGCCCAAAGGGAAACAGAUGUAUGUCAGGAGAUUGGUUUUACAUAAUGUCAUAAAAGCAUUUUUGCUGCAUGAUUUUUUUGAUUUUCUCUCAUAAAUCAAAACUUAUAAAAUGAUCCAUGUAAAGACUAGGUAACAGAUCAUGUUGUAUAUGUGUUCUUCUCAUGAUAGCAAUAUUUACCUGUAUAUUGAUGUAAAUGUUUGUGUAUAUUAAAGCGAUAACGAUUUUUUUUCUUUUUCCGAAUCGUAGAGGUUGCAGAAGAAAAAAAAAGAAACCACUUUAUCAUUACAUGACUUUUACUUCAAAACUUCUUGUAUUUUAUGUAAUAAUUUUUUAACUUUUGUUUGAGAAUGCCCCUGGUAUCUCUUUUUAGACCUGAGAAGAGUAACAAGUUCAUUAAAUGUUGUGUGUACAGAUGGAGACAUGAAUAAACCAAAGUUAUUAGUAUUA